GCCCCCCUGGUUGCUGCCUGCCCAGGUGCCCGAUGGUGCAGCAGAUAUCCCUGUCGAUGACAUCCUGUCUUGGGUGCCCCGCCAUUCAAAGCUUCAAAUGCUCUAUUGUAGUCUAUCAAAACCUGCGAGCAAAGUUGAGGUGCUGUCCGAAAUCUGAACGCUGACCUCAACCCUUGUUCCAGACUUACCCACCUUGCUUUCCCGCCGAUUUCAACUCUGCAUACGGCGGCCUGAGGCUGUGGUUCUCUCAUCCCUGCCACCACCAUCAACAUGGCCGACGACCUGAUCCAGAGCUCUAUGGCUGGCGCACAACGCGUGCCGGCCAAUUUUGAUGCCAACGAGGCAGACAAUCUUGAAGAUAUCGAAAAGCAAUUUGCUGUGAAGGCCGUCCAGCAUCUGGAGACAUACUGGGCCAUCCUGGAAAAGGUCAAGGGCAGCACCCUCCGCCUGACCAAGAUUGACGAUGAGAUCCACGACCACCUCUGCAAAGACUUCCCGGAAUUCGACCCCGCCGAGACCAUAGAUGAGAACAAGCUCAAGAGCCCUGCUGGGAAGAAGCGGUGGCGCGAUUUCAUGAUGGCAUACGAGAAAAAGGUCGAUGACUACAGCUUUGGCACCAUGCUGCGCUCAAGUCCAAGGGAUGAAUACACACAGCACGGCACAAUCUUCGUGCCUCGAAUGCAGUUUUAUGCCGUGGAGAUUGCAAGAAAUCGGAAAGGGCUGAACGACUGGAUCUAUGAAAAGGCCCAGGCAGAAAAGAAGACAGAUACAAAAUGAGGGUCACGCUUGGCGUCCAGCAAAAUACACUGUCGUCUUGUAGCUGCUUUACUGCUACUUCCGUCCUGGUAGCAUUGCAACCAUAUCUGUCAACCAACGAUCCAUUACGUUCCUCUUGUGCCUCUGCUGCCAUGGGCCGCGAAGGCCACCUUAGCACUAGGUGUAGGUGAUUGGGAAGGGCACACAAAUCCCAAUUACAACACAUAAGAAACUUGUAGCCGGACCAAGGGUGGGUGGGCAUAGAGUGUGUUGAAACGCCCACGCGACUGCGGUCGGGGUCAGUGACAGCUGCAGUGCGAGCCCCCCAAACCAUCCUUGCCAUGAUUGCUGUGUGACUGCUGUGUGCAUACUAGGGCAGGACGCAGUGCAGUCAGUGUCAGCGAGCGGGAAGGUGCACUGGCAGGUACAUGGGGCGGGCCGCCUGCGCCGGCAACAUUGCUGCCGUCCAGAAAACAUGCAGAGUGCGCCGAGCUGACUUGAUGUCGCUUGUCGCAUGGAUGCGCCUGGUCUGUGGUCAUCAUCUCGUGAUGAGCAAUUUCCAACCCGCCCCGUCGAAGCAUUAGCCUCUGCUGUCGGCCGGUCUUGGGGGUUGAUUCGAUCAAGAGGGCUGUUCUGUGCCGUGCCUCUGCGCAAGAUCCGAGGGCCAAGCAUGACUCUUGGUGAGUACGGGCAGUCACUCUAGUGGAGCACAACAUUCGACGAGUGAGUGCCUGCCUGCCUGCCUGCCUGCCCUGGUGGGUGGGUGUGUGGCCGCCGACAAGGACGCACACGAUUGACUGUCUGUCUGUCGGCCUGAGCGCCUGGGUCUGUAGCGUCGCAUCACAAGGUUGAGCGCAUACAUACGAGGUGCUGCGUCUGUGGUGACAUGUUGGUCGAGCAGGCUGCCGAACCGCCAAGCAAGAUGCUGCCAUGCAAGUGUUGGCUAGCGUGACAUGAUUGCACCUGCCAUGCCCUUCCCACCACCGUCCAGAUCGCCUGGCUCCCCCCUCCUGUGCCGCCGGCUGGGUUCCUCAGGCACGUUGCACAAAGGGCCGUGGCUGGCGAGACAAGUUAGACGUGUAAAGGGCAGCAGGGCUGCGCGAGUGAGACGUGUUGGUGAGGAACAUUCUUGGCCACAUAGGUCGAUGUACCGUCCGCGGAUCACAUGAUGAACGCGUCAUGCGUGCUGCUGUGAACUGCAUUGCUUCAGUUUCGACCUGGGCCCCCCAUCCCACAACUCAGGCCUACCCAGGAGGGGAGCAAGGUGCUGUGUA